GUGCCAUGAAUGUCAAGGUAUAGAUCACUAUAAGAAUGAGUGCUCUAGUUAUAAGAAGAAUCAAAGAAAAGGGCAGGGUAAGGCCUUAGUUGUUUCACUUACUGAUAACGAGUUUGAGACCAGUGAAAGGCAGGAGUCAUCUAGUAGUGAAGAUGAAGGGAACUAUAUGGCAUUUGUGUCGACUAUUAAGAGUGAAUCUGAUAAGGAGAGUGACAAGGUUGAGGAAGAACUUCACAACAAUAAUUCUAGUAAUGAGGAUGACAUAGACAUACAUGAGGCCUAUCAACUCUUGUUCAAGGAAAGUCUUAAAAUCAAAAAGAUCAAUAAAGCCCUAUUCAAAAAGGUUGAUGAACUUGAAAGAGAAAAAGAGAGACAUGCUAGUAAUCUCCAGAAUUCACUUAAGAGUGUCAGUGAGUUAAAAUGUGUCAAUGAGAAGUUCGAAGAUAAGGUUAAGACAUUAACUAGUGAAUUGGAGAAAUCUAAUGCUCAUCUUCAGACUUUCAUAAGUGGAACUAAGAAAUUGGAUGAUAUUUUGGGAAUGAAUAAGCCUACGGGAGAUAGGAAAGGUCUAGGAUAUGUUGAGGGUAAUACACAUGGUGCUGGUCCAUCUAAAACUGUAUUCAUUUCUGCCUCUAGGAAGUCUAACGCUGUCAACGGUCCAAAUAAGGGUAAGAAUGUUUCGAGGGAACAAAGUCAUCAAUCACGUAGAAAUUUUAUGCCCAAACACCCACAGACACGUACCUUUGAGCCUUGGUUCAUUCCCACCUGUCACCACUGUGGAGGUCUAGGACACACUAGGCCUAGAUGUUAUAAGUUAGGCAAUGAGCAUAGAAAUCAGAAUAUUCCAAGUCAAGUCAGUUUUCUGACUAAUCAGGUUAGUCAUUUGACUGAGAUGCUUACUAGGCUGACUAGGAAUACCAUGUCAUCUAAGAAAGUUUGGGUUAAAAAGGAGGAUCUAGCUGGACUUUCAGGUCAG